GAAGAAAGAGGACCAUGAGCCCAAAGACAGCAAGGAGAAGAAAGAUGACCAUGAGCCCAAAGACAGCAAGGAGAAGAAAGAUGACAUUGAGACCAAAGACAGCAAUCAGAAGAAAGAUGACCAUGAGACCAAAGACAGCAAUGGGAAGAAAGAUGACCAUGAGACCAAAGACAGCAAUGAGAAGAAAGAUGACCAUGAGACCAAAGACAGCAAUGAGAAGAAAGAUGACCAUGAACCCAAAGACAGUAAGGAGAAGAAAGAUGACCAGGAACCCAAAGACAGCAAGGAGAAGAAAGAUGACCAUGAGACCAAAGACAGCAAUGAGAAGAAAGAUGACCAUGAGACCAAAGACAGCAAUGAGAAGAAAGAGGACCAUGAGCCCAAAGACAGCAAUGAGAAGAAAGAUGACCAUGAACCCAAAGACAGUAAGGAGAAGAAAGAUGACCAGGAACCCAAAGACAGCAAGGAGAAGAAAGAUGACCAUGAGCCCAAAGACAGCAAAGAGAAGAAAGAGGACCAUGAAUCCAAAGAUAGCCCUGAGAAGAAAGAUGACCAUGAGCCCAAAGACAGCAAGGAGAAGAAAGAUGACCAUGAGCCCAAAGACAGCAAAGAGAAGAAAGAGGACCAUGAAUUCAAAGAUAGCCCUGAGAAGAAAGAUGACCAUGAGACCAAAGACAGCAAUGAGAAGAAAGAGGACCAUGAGCCCAAAGACAGCAAGGAGAAGAAAGAUGACCAUGAGCCCAAAGACAGCAAAUGAGAAGAAAGAUGACCAUGAGCCCAAAGACAGCAAGGAGAAGAAAGAGGACCAUGAGUCCAAAGACAGCAAUGAGAAGAAGGAUGAACAUGAGCCCAAAGCCAGCAAGGACAAGAAAUAUGAUCAUGAGUCUAAACACAGCAAGGACAAGAAGGACGACCAUGAGCCCAAAGAUAAUCAUGAACUCAAAGAUGAUCAUGAACCUAAUGAUGAUAAUGAGCCCAAAAAUGAUCAUGAGCUCAAAGAUGACCAUGAACCCAAAGAUGGUCAUAAAUCCAAAGAUGACCAUGAACCCAAAGAUGACCCUGGGCCAAAAAAUGAUCAUGAACCCAACGAUGACCAUGAGCUCAAAGAUGAUCAUGAACCCAAAGAUGGUCAUGAAUCCAAAGAUGACCAUGAGCUCAAAGAUGACCACGAACCCAAAGAUGACCAUGAACCCAAAGAUGACCAUGAGCUCAAAGAUGACCAUGAACCCAAAGAUGACCACGAACCCAAAGAUGAUCAUGAACCCAAUGAUGGUCAUGAAUCCAAAGAUGACCAUGACCUCAAAGAUGACCAUGAACCCAAAGAUGACCUUGGGCCAAAAAAUGAUCAUGAACCCAAAGAUGACCAUGAGCUCAAAGAUGAUCAUGAACCCAAAGAUGACCAUGAAUCCAAAGAUAACAAUGAGCCCAAAGAAAAUCAUGAGCCCAAAGAUGACCAUGAGGUCAAAGAUGACCAUGAACCCAAAGAUGACCCUGGGCCAAAAAAUGAUCAUGAACCCAAAGAUGACCAUGAGCUCAAAGAUGAUCAUGAACCCAAAGAUGACCUUGGGCCAAAAAAUGAUCAUGAACCCAAAGAUGACCCUGGGCCAAAAAAUGAUCAUGAACCCAAAGAUGACCAUGAGCCCAAAGAUGACCACGAACCUAAAAAUGAUCAUGAACCCAAAGACGACCAUGAGCCCAAAGAUGACCAUGUGACCAAAGAUGACCACGAACCUAAAAAUGAUCAUGAACCCAAAGACGACCAUGAGCCCAAAGAUGACCAUGUGACCAAAGAUGAUCACGAACCUAAAGAUGAUAAUGAGCCCAAAGAUGACCAUGAGCUCAAAAAUGAUUAUGAACCCAAAGAUGACCAUGAACCCAAAGAUGAUCAUGAACCCAAAGAUGAUCAUGAACUUAAAGAUGAUCAUGAACCCAAAGAUGAUCAUGAACCCAAAGAUGACCAUGAACCCAAGGAUGAUGAUGAGCUCAAAGGUGACCACGAGCUCAAAGGUGACCACGAGCUCAAACAUGACCAUGAGCCCAAAGAUAAUCAUGAACUUAAAGAUGAUCAUGAGCCCAAAGGUGACCACGAGCUCAAAGAUGACCAUGAGCCCAAAGACAGCAAGGAGAAGAAAGAUUACCAUGAAUCUAAAGACAGCAAGGAGAAUGAUGAUCAUGAGCCCAAAGAUGACCAUGUGACCAAAAAUGACCACGAACCCAAAGAUAAUCAUGAACCCAAAGAUGAUCAUGAACCCAAAGACGAUCAUGAGCCCAAAGGUGACCACGAGCUCAAAGAUGACCAUGAGCCCAAAAAUACUCUUGAACCCAAAGAUUACCAUGAACCCAAAGAUGAUCAUGAGCCCAAAGAUACUCAUGAACCCAAAGAUGACCAUGAGCCUAAAAAUGAUCAUGAACCUAAAGAUGAUCAUGUAACUGAAGACGAUCAUAUGCCUAAAGAUGACCUUCAACUUAAAGUCAUUCAUGAAAAUACAUCAAGUCCUGUGGGCGAAGAUAAAAAGCACAGCAACAGCAACAUACUGAACGGUCACAGCCUUAAAAGACAUCAUAGCAGUAAACAUAAUCAUCAAAAUGGCAGUCACGAGAACAAUCAUAAAGUCUAUAAACAUACACACAAUACUUCACAUAGUCAUCCUGAUAAGUCGCAUGAGAAAAACAGAGCCCACAGACAUCAUAAUCAUGGACACCAUAAACUAAAUCAUGGAAACACCCAUGUUACAGAACAUACAAUUAUAAAUAAAAAAUCCGACGACUUGAAUAAUACAACUGAUCAGUCAAAGGACAAGCACACCAAUGAUCAUGGUGAUAAAGACUAUGGAGGUAAGCACAGUAAUGAUGAGAAAGAAAAUCAAGAUAAAAGUCAUGAAAUAAAGAAUGUUAACGAAGAUAAAUUUAAUCCAGAGAAAAACGCCUUGGAGGACAAAGGACAUCAAGAUAAUGGAAACAUUGAAGAUCAGACAAAUAAUCACGAAGUCAAGAAUGACAAUGGAAGCAAAGAUCAUAAUAGUGUCAAUUACAGUAAUAAUACUGAGAUCAUUUACUACAGAAGCAAUGAAAAUAGAGAUAAGAAUGACAAUGGAAACAAAAAUAAUGAUGGUGAUAUAGAUAAUCAUAAUAAUACCAGUGUCCAUGAGCACAAAAUCAGUGAUGAACACAAAGAUACUUAUGAGUCUAAAGAUAAUAAAUCUAAAGAUAGUCUUGAGGUGAAAGAUGAAAAUAAAACAAAUAACCGUAACAAAGACAACCAUAAACACAUAGAUAGUCUUAAAAACGAAGACAGCCAUGAUGCUCAAAGUACAAUUGACGGUGAAUUAUUUGAAGAAGGCAAAGAUGUUCAUACCGACAAAAACCAUCAGAGUGGAAAAGAUAGUACGGAACAAAACAGCCACGAUGAUAAAGAAGGUCUCGUAUUGAGGGAUGAGAAUGGAAACAAAGAAAACGAUGAUGCAAGCAAAAAAGCCGAUGAAACCAACGACCAUCCGAGUGACAAAGGAAGCCAUAAGCAGGAAGUACACCGUAAAGUAAACAAUAAUAAUAAAAAUAAGGAUCAUGACAGUGGUGAAGGUCAUCAAGAAGGCGAAGAUGAUCAGGAGAAUAAAGACAAUCAUGGAAAGAUAGAUAGAUACAACCGUGAGAAUAGCUAUGAAGAGGUUAACCCUAAUAAGAAAGCCUUUGAUAAUAGCAAAGAAGUAGAUAAGGUAAAACAAGAGAAUGAAGAGAAAAACAUUCAUAAACCCAAAAAUAGCACCGAAGAGAUAAAUGGUACGCGAGGUCAGGUAAAUAAUGAACACGAGGAAAUACAUGACAAUAGCGAAGAGAAUCAAAACACCCAUAGUUACAACAGUCAUGAAGUAAAUAAUGGUAAUAUAGAUCAUGAUACAAAAGAGGUCCAAGACGAACGUCAUCAAGAUGGAGUAAACAAUCAUCGUAAAGACAGCUAUGAUCAAACAGAUAGCUAUGAAGGUAAAGAAUAUGAUGAUAGAGGAGAGAUUGGUGAAAACGGAUAUCAGCAAGGCAUCAGUCAUGAGCAGAAAGACAGCCAUGAAAUAAAUGAUGAAGAUAGACAUAACAACAAAGACUCCUUUGGUAUUAAAACUCGUAAUAGUUACGAUAAAACUGAUGAAAACCAGUAUAACGAAAAAGAACAUGGUAACAAUCAUGAAAAUUACAAUCAUAAUAGAAAUUAUGGAGUUCAAAAUUACCGCGACUAUCCGAGGUAUCACAUCCAAAACUACAAUGGCGAAUCAAUUGAAGAUUUUUACCAGAGAAGACAUAGCAACCAAUAUACAAACCAUGGUAGCAAUCACGACUGGAAUGAUCAAGACUACCGGCACCUUAUACACCAUGUUAAUCGAAGACAUAAUACCAUGCCCUGGUAUGAAUAUAUACCUAGAUGCUGGUGUAACAGAUACCAUGGUUACUUUGAUGAAAGACCGCAACCAUAUGAAAGGGAAGAUACGCACGAUAAUUCUAGAAGCUCUGAAGAGGAUGGUUUAGCUGAGAAAUAUUGGGCUAGCCACGAAAAUAGAAGAAAAAUUAACUCGCGAAGUUACGACGAGGUUAGUAAAAGUAAAAACCAUAGACAUAGUACUAAUGGUAAGCUAAGAAAACCUGGGGUCCAUAGUAUCUUCAUAAGCAGAGCAGAAGCCAAUAGCAGAGACUGGCUUAGAAUCCAAAGCCGCGAUCAUGUAAACACGAAUAAUAAUCACGGAAAUACCGAUGCAGAAAGUUUGAAGAAAUCCCCGUAAGCAAUGAUCAAGUAGAAGGCUCCGAGAUAUAAUCAGCAAGCAAGCACGAAUACUUCGCACAUAACUGAAUCGCACAUUUGAUUCUUAUUUAAAUUAAGAACUUGGAGAGUAGCAUAAGUGAAAAUUAAAAGAUGAAACUGUGGAAGAAUAAAAUAUACGAAAAUAUGAUCAUAUCACAAAUAA